AUGAUACUCGUGUCGAUCAUGGCGGAGCUGCUGGAGACGUACACGGCGGCGGUGGCGCGCGCCGUGGAGCGACUGCUCUCUGCCGCGGCGCCGCGGCGCGUCCUGCCGCGCCGGGUCCGGUUCCUCGUCCUCCGGAGCCUCCCCCUCACAGCCCCACCACCGGUUGCUGCGCCGCCGCCGUCGUCGCCGUCGCCGUCCUUACCCGCUGAUCUGCUGUGA